ACAAAGCUUCCCUCUUCUGGGCAGUAUUAGGAGACGCUGCCUCUCGGGUGUGAACGGACGAUGGCACCAAAUGGCAGGCAUGGGGCUGGGAGUGGCCUUGUGUGCAGUCCCGGUCGUGGAGAAACAGAACUCGUCUUCUCUCAGCAACGACGCCUUGAUUAAAAGAGCAGUUUCCUUGGUAACAGACAGUACUGCUACGCUCCUCUCUCAAACAACGUACGCACUGAUUGAAGCGCUGACAGAGUACACCAAGGCAGUUUACACGCUGGCGUCUCUCUACAAGCAAUAUGCAAAUCUUCUCGGGAAGAUGAAUUCAGAAGAGGUGGAUGCAGUCUGGCAGGUGGUAAUAGGAGCCAGAGUUGAUAUGACCACAAAACAGCAGGAAAAAAACCUACGGCUGGAAUCCAGCUGGAUGACAGCGUUACGUCUGUCAGAGAUGGCGGCAGAAGCUGCCUAUCAGUCAGGUGCAGACCAAGCCUCGGUGACAGCCCGCAGCCACAUUCAGCUCGUGAAAUCGCAGGUGCAAGAAGUGCGACAGCUGUGCCAGAAAGCAGAGACCAAGUUAGCCGAAGCUCAAACAGAAGAGCUCAUAAAAGCUCAAGGAGAGGAAUCUGCAUUGCCACAGGGUAUUUUAGGAAGUACAGAGGCAGGGGAGGACCCUUACCUUCGGGAGGACUGAAAAGAACUGAAGUGUCACCAUAGAAUAUGUGAGAGUCAAUCACAAUUUGAAGGUCCCAGACUUUUCAGUGUGGGAUAGUAGCAAAC